AUGGCUGACCACCUGGACCCCGGAGCAUCUGCCGGCGCCGCCGACCAGCCCUCGCCGGGGCGUCGCCGGUCAAAGAACCCCCUGCGAAACAUGAUCCAGCAUCUGACCGUCGACUCAUCACCAGGAGCCAGCGACGGCUCCGGGUCGCGGCGCUCAUCGCUUAUUCGCCGUUUGAGCGGCCAAAAGAGCCGCAGUCCAUCGGCUCACUCAGAUGCCGCCACAGGCUCACGUCCAAACUCACGGCCGCCGUCGUCGCUGGGCGUAAAUCGAGAUCCGGCUCUCUGUGAAUCAUGUGCACGUCUGGCAGCUGAGAUUGAAGAAACCAUGGAUGAGGUCGAUGCCACCUUCGUCAGGCCGGCAGAUGGUGCCGGAGCUGCGGGAGAUUUCGAGACGAGGGAGCAUUUUGUGUCUCGGCUCCGGUACCUGGAAGAGAACCGCUGGGCCACGACUUGUCCUUUGUGCAAGCUGUUCUGGGAGCUUCAUGUACCAAGCCAGGAGCCCGGAGAAUAUAACCUGGUGGCACUGUCGACGCGCGACACGAAUUACUUCAUUGACUCAACCAAGAUGCACAGCCAGGAUCAUCCAGCCAAGGGGCGAGCCAAGGGCCUCAGUCCAGCGUUUUUCUCCGUCAUCUCCAAGACCAAAGGCGGCGGCCGGGAUCCCGAUGUGGACCCCGAAUGGUUCCGAGAAUCGGGCAUGCUGCUCCGGACGCGGCCCGAGAUGCUGGUAGAUAUAACCAGGGGAAGGACUGGUGCCGAGGGAAAGCUGGCAGUCCCCGAUUCAACGGCAUCGCCACUGCCAUCACCGACAUUCCGCCUGCCUGACGAUGCUUCCUGGACGCAGAGAGGUAUCUGGGGGAGGGAGAUUGACAAGAGCGCAGACAUGAAUAUUGUGCGAGAGUGGCUUCACUUCUGCGACACUCAUCACCAGGGACGAUGUUCACGGAGGCCGGUGAGGAGGGAGAUUCAGGGAUUCCGGCUUAUUGACUGCGCUCAGUCACCGCCACAGGUGGUUGAAAGAUCACUGCGUGAGGAUUAUGUGGCGCUGAGUUAUGUAUGGGGCGAUGCAAAUGUUGAUGGCAGCUGGCCGCAAGUUGUGCGAGAUGCAGCCUCAGUAGUGACCGAGCUGGGCUUCCGAUAUCUGUGGGUGGACCGCUUCUGUACGAGUGACGAGAGAAAGGAGGAGAAGAGGGAACAUGUUCAACGGAUGGACGAGAUAUACGGAGGAGCUGCUUUUACCAUCAUUGCCGCCGCUGGUGAGAAUGCCAUGCACGGCCUUCCUGGUGUUGGAUCAACAUCAAGACCUGCUCAGCCGAAAUACAGAUUCACCACUUCCAACAUAACCCUCGUCUCAAGCCUCCAAGAUCCGCGCCUCCUCAUCGAGCGCUCAACGUGGUAUACAAGAGGAUGGACUUACCAAGAGGGACUUCUCUCUCGACGACGCCUCGUCUUCACGGAGCAGCAAAUGUACUGGGAGUGCGAGGGCAUGACCUGCCCCGAGGCGCUGGACCUGCCGUUUGAGUUCUACCACGACACCGAGGAGAAACGUAUGUGCGACUUUGUGCGUCCUGGGCUGUUCAACGGGGUGUCAUACAUGGACGGUAGCUGGGAGCAGUGGAAGAAGCUACCUCAAAAGAUGGGUGAGGCGAGCACGCUGAGUGUGUUCCGAGAAGUCGACCAGCAUAUCACGAAAUACACAAGGAGGAACUUGAGUAGAGACGAGGACUCGCUGGAUGCGAGCUUGGGAAUAUGGCGGGAGUUAGAGAGCUCCCUUGGAAGAGGCAAGUUGAGCAAUUUGGUGGGUAUCCCCUUAUGGGCGCCACUGGCUUCUGAACCGACAGAGGAAAACAACGGCAUACCAAGGACGAGACAUUUAUUCGCCUUAUCGACGUGUUUCUGGCAUCACAAAGUUGGUACACAGGCCAAGCGGAGGAAUCAUUUGCCGAGUUGGUCGUGGGCAGGAUGGUCUGGUCCCGUGGAACUCUUCUCGUCUAUUACACUCGCUUCCCCUGAUCCCGAGAUGAAGUUGAAGGGUAAAAAGAUACUCAACCAUCACUACGUUGCGGCCACACAGCUGACGAGGAAUGAACCAUCGUCUGUGAAGUGGACAUACUCGCCUGAGAUGGCAGUAUUGGCACCUGAUGGCUCUGUGGUAUAUGACUUUGGGCCGAUGAGCGCUGCUGCCGGUCCUCCACGAUUCCGACCCGGAAAAUAUGCCCUCCAUGUCAAGGAUCCGUUGGUGCUGGAUCGCGUCAAGGCUGGCACGCACCCUGAUGGCUGGCGAUUUAGCGGUCUCAGCGUCGAUGUACGAAUGAGUCGCGGAAGCGGCUCAGAAACCGCUUGUCUAGGAGGCGAUGAAUGCUUGGGGAGCCUCAAAGCGUACCUGAUGCGACAUGGACAAGGAGAGCAAAUGAGCGUGCUGUGGUUUGUUGAAGAGGCCAUGGUGAUGCUCUUGGUAGUAGAAAAGACUGGGAGAGGGACAUGGGAACGCGUGGGGAGGGUGAGGAUGGCUUUUGCUGAAGAUGCAAAGGACGUGAUGAGAGCUUCUGGUAGACUCGAAGGAUUAGUAGGGAAAUUACCUCUGAGAAGUUUAGGGCAGAAUAUCGUGAUUGAGUAG